AUGCGUCGCGACUCGGCCUCGUCCAACGGCAAGCCAUCGGUGCUGCGAAGGCUCAGCACCCUCGUCGGGCCUCAUGGCCACUCGCGUUCUAGCUCCCAGUCGCAAGCCAAUUCGCAAGCCCACCACCGGGAUCCCGUCUCGCCAAAGGCAAAGGCCGUCUGGCUCGACUGCGACCCGGGCCACGACGAUGCCAUCGCGCUGCUGAUGGCGCUCCACCAUCCCGACCUCAACCUGCUCGGCGUAUCCACCGUGGCCGGCAACGCGGGCGGUAAGGACACGUUCCUCAACGCUGUCAAGCUCAUGGCCGCCUACAGGGCAUCGCCGGACAUCCCCGUCAUUCGCGGCUCCGACUCGCCCCUGGUCAGGCAGGUCAAGGUCGACGUCGGCAUCCACGGAGCCGAUGGCCUCGGCGGUGUUCAGGGCCUCCCUCCGCUCAGCUCGCCCCUCUGCCAGCCUUGGCUCUUCCCUUCCUACCCGAAAACGAGCUCCCCCACCAAUGCACCCGAGCCUUCCCUCUUCCUCUACACGCUCUCGACCAUCAUCACCGAAAGGCUAAGCAGCGGAAAGUCGCCGAUCCACCUGGCUGUCACCGGGCCCAUGACCAACGUCGCCCUCUUCCUCAAGUGCUACCCGCAUCUGAUCAAGGGCAUCGCACAGAUUGUCCUCAUGGGAGGAGCCGCGGGCGUGCGCGGCAACCGUGGCGCACUUGCUGAGUUCAACAUCCUGAAUGACCCCGAGGCCGCCUCGAUCGUCUUCAACACCGACAUCAAGGUCGUCAUGGCCGGCCUCAAUGUUACGCACCAGGCCAUCUUCACAGCGGAACUUCACGAUCGCCUGCUCCGGACCCGCAUCGUCUCUCCCAGCUCCUCGCGAAGGCAGUCGAAGCUGCUCAGCUCGUCGGGCCGCUCGUCCCCCACCAACGCGUCGCCCCUGGCCUCGCCGGCAGGCGCGCCUCUGAGCCUCAGCGUCUCGCCCUCGAGCGGACCCAGCGACCUCAAGAGGAUGCUCAGCUCGACGCUCACCUUCUUUGCCAAGACCUACGCGUCCGAGUUCGGCUUCGGCCGAGGGCCCCCGGUGCACGACAUGCUUGCGAUCGCCUACAUCAUCGAUCCCACCGUGUUUCACCGCCGUGUGCCUUCGCCCGGAGACGUCCCGAACCACUCGAUGUUUGAUGCGGACCCGCAUGCCAACAAGGACCUCUACCACGACGCCGCGCAGCAGCCAAACGCGGAGAUCCCCAACGCCCUCGGCUUCCACGCCGGCUCGCCCACCGCCGCGACGGGGCCGGCAGGAACCGAGGCCGCGCCGAAAACGACGGUGAGCGGGCCGAGCAGCGACGGAUCGGAUCGCGCCAACAGCCCCGAACUCUCGCGGAAAGCCUCGUCCAAGGGGGGCACGAGCCCGACCACCGCACCCGCUCUGCCGUUCGGGUCCAGUUCGCAGGCGCCCAAGCGCUACCGCGUCGACGUCGAGUGCAACGACGGCCUCGCCCUCGGCGCGACGGUCGUCGACUUCUGGGGCGACCGUGUCGAGCACGACGGGUGGGGGCGGGGCGGCAGGAACGUCGAGGUGCUCGAAAACCUCGACUGCCCGCGGCUGUGGGACAUGUUUUUCGAAGUCGUCGAGAGGGCCGAGGCGCACAUUGGCGCCUGCAUCGUGCGCGAAGGGAUCGAGGGCCUCUCGACGUCGUCGUCAUCGUCGACGGCGGCGGCGGCGACGGCGGCGGCGGCCAACGACCGGAACGAGAAGGUCGCUGCGGCCCUCGCCAACGGACAGGGGCAGCAGACCAGAGGCGAACCGCCGCAGCAGCUCAACGGAAACGCUUUUUUCGCGCCGCGAGCUGCGCCGGCGCACGAGGCAGAGACGCCGACGGCCAUGGCGGCCUAA